AUGCUACGAAGCUGGAAUUGCCUUCGACCUUCCUGUGUGCGGUUCCUAAGCGAUUUGUCCAGCAGACACGAAAUCACAGAAUCUUCAUUCCAAAGGGCCAUUGGAUUUCUUGAGACCGUUGAUAUUCGUGAUAUUGUUAGGCCCAAUUCUUUGCAGGCAACCCAGCUUUUGAAAGUAAUAAACUCCGUUCAAGAUGGACAUGAGAUGAGGAAAUUGAGAAAUAGGAUGAAGAAACAGUUUGGACAAAAUUACCAUCUGAUUUACCCACGAUUAAGACAAUUGAGCGACGAUUCCUUAAGACUACAGAUGUCUCUUUUCCGUAAUUCAGGCAGGCGGCAGUAUGAUUCCUUUUUGAAAUGUUUAAUAAACAUUUUAAACAGAAAAGAUUUGAUAGAUACAGACAAAAGACAAAGACUUUACGAUAUAAUUACCUUCCAGCAUGAAAUGUAUCCAGGAAAAAAUGCGAACUCAGCGAUGAUACUCCCUAAUGAAGUGCAUAAAUGGUUUUGGGAGCAUGUGCCGCGGCAAGAAUCAUUUAAUCACUAUUAUUUUCUGAUUAAAAACGAUGUAUACCUUUCAUGGCCUCGAUAUAGUUGGAAAUUUGUUAAAAGAAUGAUGCAGGGCUCAGAACUGGAAUUGCAAUUAGCAUCCUUCCAAUUGUUCCUCUACCAAGGCAAUCAUCAAUCGAUUUUUCACGAAAAAUUCCAUAAAUUGUACAGUUUCCAUGCAAUGCUUCUUAUUCUACAUCGUGUAUUUAAAGCCAACGAUUUAAGGUUUGCAAAAGUUUAUGUGGCGGUUCUUCUACGCAGCAUGGAGACAAGAGAACCUAGUGAAUUGUCAUUCUUUCGAUUUAACAAUUUUUUACUUUACUAUCUAUCACAGACGGGUGAUAUAGAAUUGUUCUUUCAAGCAUUUUCAGUGGAGCUGCAAUUUAUCAAAAAUGUUUCCAAAAACGGUGCUUCUUUGAAGAUCUUACACAGGCCAUUAUUAUUCGUUUUGAAGCUGCUUAGACGUCAGGGAUAUCAUGAAGAGUUCUUUACAAUUUUAUCCAUCUUACAAAAAGUUUCGUUAGGUCAGAGUCAAACUUUCAAACAACAUGCAUUUACAGAAUUGAUUACUCUACUUAGAUCCUUCAAUGACUGUAAACUUACUAGUCAGUACGUCAUGUCAGGGUUCGAUAGGGAAUCCACAGGUCUUCUACUUAAUGAAUUAGGACUUUGGAACGCUGCAUUCCAUGGAAAUGCAGCUGUUUUAGAUAGUCUCGAAUUGCAAUCAGAGAUAGAUUCUUUGGAAAGUUUACUCCCGUCAUCUAUGUCCUUGAAGGGGCAACCGUCUAUGGCCGUCAUGACAGAAUUAUAUCGGUUAGUAUUGUCGACAAAUGCUAAGGUUUUGAAUGUAGAUCAAUACAGGGAUCUUUUAAUGACUUUGUACAGCAAUUAUACCCGUGUGUUGCAAGAAAGGAAAUUUAUUCACCCAAGACAUGAUACAGGUAUCUUAAACGUUUUCUUAUACCAUGCUCGGUAUGAACUACGUGACUGUAAGCUCUCACUUGCUCUUCUGCAAAAUUUUUACGCCAGUGGAUUAGCCAGGAACAUAAGAGUUACUUCUAAUAAAUGUCCAUUCUCAAUAGUGGUUUACCAGAACAAUGAAAUCACACAAGCGGAAAUUAACCAAUUGUUAAUUUUGAUGCAUGAUGCCAAGAUUCCCGUGCAUUUCCAAUUCUGUACCUCCAUGGUUCUCAGGUACUUACAAUUGAAUAAUCAAGAAGAGGCUCAUGCUUGGUAUCAAAGGAUUUUACACGCAGGAUUCAAAGUAGAGCACAGACUACUGAUAAAGGCCAUUAGAGAUAACAAUUGGCAAUACCCUGCAGGCUUCGACAAGGUGCUAGUCGAAAAGCUAGACGAUGAUGAUGGCGGUAUGGUACAAGAUGAUGCUUUUUUCUUAGAGGAAGAAGAUAGUAAUACUACUACGAGCAUACAGGACAACCAAGGGCACAAAGCAUCUUUACAACACAUAAUUGGGCUGCUCAAGACAUUGUAA